UCUUCACACCACGUAGAUACAUGGUAUGCUCUUGGCGAGAGUAGGCAAGAUGCAGCCAGUACAGCUUCUCUUGUUAGGGUUUGCUGCAAUCUUUAUUGCUCAGGCGACUGGAAACGCUCUGCCCGAAAGGUCAUCAGAUGUUGGGUACGGCGUCAGCAAGCGCUCCCUGUUGAACUUCGGUCACAUGGUGGCGUGCGCUAUACCGAACGUGGGCAAUGCCAUCACGGCGGCGGCGCGCUACAACAAGUACGGCUGCUACUGCGGCGUCGGCGGAUCCGGCACACCGGUGGACGCCAUAGACCGAUGCUGUCAAGCGCACGAUGCAUGCUACGACGCAGUCACGGCGGCGGGAUGCAAGAGCUCCUACACGGACAUGUAUCACUGGAAAUGCAAGCGUGGCGUGCCGGAGUGUACAACCACCAAGUUUAUGGCACACUUUGGCGGAAAGAACAACAAAUGUGAAAAUCGGUCCUGCGCGUGUGAUCGGGAAAUCUCCAUGUGCUUCAAGCGGCACAAUAACGUUUAUGACUCGAAGCAUGUGCGCUGGUUCGGUUCCUGCAAGUAAUACACGAAGAGCUGGUGAAUUCCCAGCCCCCAGCAUCCAGCUCUAUUCUCUCUCCCCUGUGCAGCUCGCAGCUUCUGGCAACUGAACAACUUUUCAUCGCUAUCACUCUUUAAAUACCAGUACACGUACAAGUAUAAGAUGCUCGUCAUGUUGCGUGCAAGUCUUGGGAAACAUAAACACACGCUCCGAAACAACCCUGAUGAGUGAUGGGCAGUUGAUGGUCUGUCAUCUGAUCAUAUAAAACUUUUCCAAACAUCAGUUUUCAAACUUGCAGAUCGAAAUGUUUCCAUUAUUCCAGGCCUCUUCCUUUUCCACUAAUUUCUCAUUUUGGAUGACACAGACC